AUGCAGCCCCGGACGCGGACGCGGCCCCUAGCCCAGUCCCUGCCCUUCUCCUUCCGAAGGGCCCUGCGAGCCCCUGGGCCCUGGGUGCCUGUCAUGAAGAUGGGCACAGGAUGGGAGGGCCUGCAGCAGACUCUGAAGGAAGUGGCCUACAUCGUGCUGUGCUGCUGGUGCAUCAAGGAGCUGCUCGAUUAA